AAAGUUGAACGCGUUUUAUAUAUUUUAGUAGCGUCGGAGUGCGCGUUUUGUCGUUCGUCGGUUGCGGGAUAUUAUUGGCGUUUGUUUUUUUUUACUUUUGGUUCUUAUCGGGUGUAGAAAGAGGAAAAAAGUCGAAAAAUUCGUUGCCAGUCGUACGCUCGUUUGCCGCGUUUAUAUCUACCGGUCGUGUGGCGUGGCGGCAUACAUAAUUCGCGUUUGUGCAUAUAUGCAUGUGUGCGUGUGUGUAUGUAUUCGUUUGUGCAAGCGUUCAACGUACGUCUAGACGCUACCCAAGCUAAUGGAAAUUUUCGGCUGCUGUUAAGAGGAUAUAUUGCAAGAAAUUUGCAUAAAAAUUGUGGUGUUAAGAAUUAUUUGUAAUUGCUCAAGUGCUCACCGCACUUUAAUUGCUGAAAACAUAAAGCAAACAAUUCCUGCAGAGGUGUUACACUUUAAAUUGGGGAAAUGAUAGUGGAGAGCAUACAAUAAAAAUAUAUAUGCACAUACAUAUGUAUAUGCAUGUAUUUAUAGUUGUUGGGUUAAUUGAUAAAAUUUGUUUUCAUUAUACUGUGAUUUAACUGUAAAUGCACACUUGUCUCUUAAGAAAAUCAAUAAUUGCGAAAAGUCUUGUUGGCAAUAUUAAGCCAAAAAGCAAACAGCGUCAGCCGGCAGUGAAAGUGACUCAUAGUAAGCUUUAAACAAACGCAAAUCAAUUCGUAAAGCAAAUACGAAACAAAACAAAACAGAAUUAAUGCAGAAUUUCCAUAGAGGCUAAGUAAAAUAUGUAAAUCAGCCGAACACAGCAUGGAUAACAGUGUAGUACACAACUACAAACAAGUAAAAUGCCGUUAAAAAAAUCUACAUUUAAUUACGCAACAAAUAUGCCAGAAAAAGUAAACUAAUAUUUGAAGAGAAUCUUGAAAAGGAAAUAUAAAAUAAAAAUUUCGCAGAAAAACUUGUGAUGAGCAAAUCCUGGGUAAAAUUAGGGGAAAAAUUGAAAUUAUGGAAAUUAAUGUGGUGCCUAAAAAAGUGGAAACAAUAUGAAAACUUAAAAGCACAUUGAGGUAAUGGAAGAAUACGCAAAACGGCGUUUAAAACAACAAACAAGUGAAAACUGCACGAAUUAAAAUAAACAAAUCUACCAAACCGAAAUCCGCACUUCAACAAUUAGCGGUGUAGGAGAAAAUUAUAAUUUUCCAAAAUGUAGUGGUGCGAGCGAAAUGUAGUAGAAAAACGCAAUAGCUGCAACAAAACCAACAACACUAAUCAUAAUAAUAAUAAGUUGAUAAAAUAAGCAGCAGCAAAUUAAACAUAAACCGCUUAUAAAAAUCUAUGACGAUGUAGUGGUCAAGCGCUAAGGAUAAGAACAAGCAGGCAUAAGGCAAUUUUUCGAAGAACUUGCCAACAACAAGAACAACUCAACAACACAAAUAAAUAACACAAAAAGUGGCAAACUGUGGCUGCGUUGCAAACUUUUCCCCAUUGGAUACGCGCGUCGUCAGCGGUAAAAUAAAAAUUUGUUAAAGAAAAUCAAUUUCUUAGGCAAAAAAGCAACAAAAAAGUGCUACCAACCACCCAACAAAUACAUACAUAUAGGUAAAUAAUAAAGAAACUCACACAAAAAAAAAAAAGAAAAAAACGAAAAAUAAAUUGAGAAACUAAAGUGUGCAUACAAACUUGGCUAAGCUACUUGGCUAACGUGACAGCUAAUGGUGAUGGUCGAGCAAAAAGUAUGAGCAUGAACUAAGCACUCAUUUUAGCGCGCGUUUCGAUGGAAAGGAAAAAACAAAGAAAAAGCGAAUUUAUCGAUUUCUAUGUGAGUCAAGUAACAUGCGAAUAAUGUGAGCGCCGUUCUACACUUAAGAAAUGCUGAACCCACGCAACAACAACACGCACACUCGCAUCGAUUCCCCAAAACGCUUUCGAUUAAAAUAGACUAUUUGUAUUUAAAACUUCCAUAUGACAACACAAACACCAUCAUUUGGCAACUCAAAUGCUAAUUAAAUUAAUUCAGCAAGGUCAAUACAAACACACAGAAGUAAAAUGAAACGAAAAAUGGACAGUUGCUGCCACAAUUCCCGUCAACUACAAUGUUAUGCCACUAGCGUGUCGUUAUUUUAAAUGUUACGGCAAUCGUUCAACUGGAAAUUACGUGAAAGGUCGGAAUAUAACGGUAACAGAAGCACACAAAAAAAAUAUUCACAACAUUGACAUUGGCCUCGGACAGUUGUAGCAGCAACAAUAGAAAGCACAAUAACAAUAAUAACCAUAACAACUACAACUAAGCUGGUAACCAACCUUUUGCUCUAUCCCAUUCCUGCAAAGUUCAACAGAGGAAAAUAAUAGCAACAAAAUUAAACAGUGUGGCAACCUUUCGGUGGACAACUACAAAAAUACAAAGUUGUGUUCGGAAAAAAAUUCAAAGUUCAGCGAACAGUGAAUGCGGAAAGUCAAACGAAAAAGGGAAAUAAAAUCAUAAAAUGGCUACAAUAAAAAUUCGACAAUUGAAUUCAUACAAAUUGCAACAGCAACAGCAGCAGCAGCAGCAGCGAAAGCACCAGGCUGAAUACAGCCGCGUCGCAUUCGCUUUGUUUAGCCAUUUUACGUAUUGCGCAACAAAUUAUUUGAAAAGUUAUUGCCGCAUUAAGCGUCAUGGUGUUAAUAAAAAUAAAACUUUAUGUUGGCUGACAUUGACUUUGAUUUUAUUGAGCUGCAGCAGUUGGCAUGGACGACAUGGCCGCGGAGGCAGCUGUUAUGCGCUCGAUAUUGGCACCUGCAAACAGCCGCUCGGCAUGGAAUCCGGUGCCAUCACUGAUACGCAAAUCACCGCUAGUUCAGCGCACGACAUGGGCAAUGUAGGCCCACAACAUGCCAGACUGAAGGUCGAUAAUAAUGGCGGCGCUUGGUGUCCAAAACAUAUGGUUUCUCGUGGUCUUAAAGAAUAUCUACAAAUAGAUUUGCUUCAGGUGCAUGUUAUUACAGCGAUACGCACACAGGGUCGCUUUGGCAAAGGUCAAGGUCAGGAGUAUACCGAAGCGUAUGUACUUGAGUAUUGGCGUCCGGGUUUUGAGAAAUGGCUACGCUGGAAGACCAUACAGGGCAAAGAGAUACUGACCGGCAAUAUCAAUACGUACAGUGAAGUCGAGAAUAUUUUGCAGCCAAUCAUAUUCGCUUCGAAAGUGCGCAUCUAUCCGUAUAGUCAAUAUGAUCGCACUGUCUGCUUGAGAGCUGAAGUGGUCGGUUGUCUCUGGGAAGAUGCCAUCGUCUCAUAUAGCAUACCAAAAGGCGUACAGCGAGGUAUGGAAAUUGAUUUGUCAGAUAAAACUUACGAUGGCCAUGAAGAGAGCGAUCGUUUUGUCGGUGGUUUGGGCCAACUUGUAGAUGGGCAGAAGGGUAAAGAUAAUUUUCGUACAGACAUACAUGGUUUCGGAAAAGGCUUCGAAUGGAUUGGCUGGCGUAAUGAUACCCCAAGUUUACUGGGUCAUCCGGUGGAGAUAACUUUUGAGUUUGAAAGUGUACGAAAUUUUAGUGCUGUUAUAUUGCACACUAACAACAUGUUCAUCAAAGAUGUGCAGGUUUUCGUCCACGCGAAAGUCUUCUUCAGCAUUAGCGGCCGUCAAUACGCUGGCGAGCCCGUACAGUUUUCCUAUAUGCCCGACACCGUGCUAGAUCAUGCACGUGAUGUGACAAUCAAACUUCAUCAUCGUCUGGGCAAAUAUUUACAAAUUCAUUUAUAUUUUGCUGCGCGUUGGAUUAUGUUGAGCGAAAUUACAUUUAUAUCAACACCGAUUUUCGGCAAUUUUACAGAUGAAGAUUUUGCAAACGGUGCAAUUGGCGGCGCGCCACAAGAUAACGCCGAAUACCCAUUGCAGCGUGAUGAAGUGGAGCGCGUCAUUAAUGGAAAAUUUGGUGAACGCAGUGAGCCGCAAACACCACUGGUGAUUUCACCCAAACCCAUAGACCACCCCGAACCGGAGAACAGCUUAAUUGGCUUCAUAUUCGCCGUUUUGGUUGCAAUUAUUUUGGUGCUUGUCGUCGUCAUACUCUUAAUUGUCAUACGUAAUAAACGUGGUCGUGGCGGUAAUGUGCUCGAUGCCUUCCAACAUAAUUUCAAUCCGGACACACUUGGCGGCGCCGAUAAACGACUCAACUGCAAUGGCAUGAAGGCCGUCACAAUGGACAAUGACUCAGAGUCGAUAGACAAGAGCAGCUUAUACCAUGAACCAUUCAAUGUGAAUAUGUACACGAGUGCAGCGAGCGGUUGUUCGAUGAAUGACAUGCAACGACAACAUGUCACACCGGACUACACAGAUGUCCCAGACAUUGUUUGUCAAGAGUAUGCCGUACCGCAUAUGCAAGAUCUACUGCCCAGUACACAAAAAUCCAACUCCAUCUAUGGCGCCAGCCUCGGCACCAACAGCGGCGUUGGAGGUGGAAGUGGAGGUGGAGGUAACAGUAACUACAGUACAAGUGCACGCAACACUCUCAACAGCAUGUUUCAAUCGAAAUUGUCGACCGCUAGUCAAAAACUACAAACCCUGCAACAUCAACACUCAUAUCACACACAACUGGCGACAACACCACCACCACCACCACCGCCAGCACCCACCACUGCAACAGCAGCAAGCACACACUGCCCGCCACCGCCGAUACCACCGCUACCGCCAUUAUUGGGACACGCCGGCAGUAAUGAGAAAUACUAUGCGACCACAGCGAUUUCCAAAGCAAAUGCCUCAACAAAUGCCAGCCAUGGCCAGCAUGGAGGAAGUGAUGUUGGUGGAGGAGGAGGUGGCAGCCUUGCAAGUGCCGGCGCCGGUGCUUGCAAUACAUUACCCAAUGGCAGCAUUGGUGGUGGCAGUGGCAGUCUCGCCUCUACAACGGCCAGCCUGGCAUCGAGUUCUACAACGCCAACGGGUGGAUAUGGUUAUUCGAGUUCAGCCGCCACUUUGGGUGCUCUGAAACCGCAUCAUUACAAUCUGGACAUUAAUGGCGGUGCUGGGUGCGUUGGUGGCGGUGUCGAUAUUAACGAGGAGCAGACCAAUUUUCAAGUGCAAGAGUUUCCACGACAAUCGCUGGUGAUAGUUGAGAAGUUGGGUUGCGGUGUUUUCGGCGAGCUACACUUGUGCGAGACAAAGGGAAUGAGCGCCAAUCUAGUAGCAGUCGCCACCCUUCGGCCUGGCGCACCCGAUCAUAUGCGCAAAGAGUUUCGCAACAAAGCAAAACAGCUCGCUCGCCUCAACGAUCCGAAUGUGGCGCAUGUACUUGGCGCCUGUUUGCGUGAUGAGCCGAUUUGUAUGGUGUUCGAUUACUCUGAGUGUUUGGGUGAUUUAAAUCAAUUUCUACAGGAGCAUGUAGCCGAAACGACGCACAGACUGCAAGCGGGUUGUUUGACGAAUAAGAGCUUAAGCUACGGCAGCUUGGUGUAUAUAGCUACGCAAAUUGCAUCGGGCAUGAAACAUUUGGAGCAAAUGAAUUUCGUGCAUCGCGAUCUGGCAACAAGGUGCGUAUCAGCGGAGUAUUGAGGGGGUCCCUAUAUUUCAUAUUGUUAUAUUUUAA